AUGGCCGGAGCGAAGGAAACGUCUCGAGUCGAGAAAGGGAGCAAACGCGAGUCGAGCACGAAAAAGCACAAGAAACAUAAGCACAGACCCGAUCCGGUGGGGCGGCAGGAGGAGGAGGAGUCAGAUGAGUGGGUCGAAAAAGAACUGCCAGUGGAGCAAGGAGUUAAGUCCACCACAAUCCCAAAACCUGAACCCGUCAUUGCGAGCGAUGAUCAGCAUAGCAAGACAGAGGAGGCAAGAUCCGCAGGACGAGAGAGUUGGAUGAUAUCCAAGGAUGGUCAGGAAGGCAGUCGGGACGACGAAUUUCUCAGCGGUCUAGGUACAUUGGUUAGCUCUAGAGUCAACAAGGAGAAAGAAGAUCAAGCAAGGGCCAAAGAAAAAGACUCACUUCGUCAGUCUUCCAGCUCUAUCAAGCGACUAGGAGCAGGCGAUCCAGAUUACCAACCCGAUGCCAAACCUUCUCAAACGCCAAUCACCCCAGGAGGUCCGGGUUAUCAAUGGAGACUGACAAAGCUAAAACGGACUUAUGAUACUGCUCAAGAGGAGAACCGGCGUAUCGAGGAAGUGGCUCUCGAACGAUACGGAACAUUAGAAGCCUGGGAACAAGCCAACGAAGAGCGUCGGAUCGUUGAAGAUCGUCGGAAUCAUUCUGGCCACGAAAGUGGACGUAGUACACCUCGACAAGACUCGUCGUCCUAUGAGCGCCGAUACAUGUUCACCAACAAUGAGGCUAACAGCAGUAGCAGUCGUCCAAAUAGUCGAGCUGGCUUUCGAAAACCUAAUUCUGCCCUUAACACCCCCGAAGGUGGCCGUCUGGGAACUAACAAACGCGUGGAUGAAAUCCGAGUCGGCCCUUCAGCCUCUAACCCCGUUUCACCUUCACCAUCGGGAUCAUCAACCCCAAUUCCUUCGGUCAUCAAUCCCCUUGCGAACCGAGCAUCACUAGCUGGAAUAAAUAAACCUCCAGCGGACACGACCACGCUCAAUAAACUUCAGGCCAGCAUCAUGAAAGCUAAACUGAUGAAUCCAGGCGCGGUCCCCGAGCUUGAAAAACAGUACAAGGAAGCCCUAGAAUCUCAAAAACGUGGCCCGUCAACUCAACAAACCGUUGAACUGAUCCCGUCCCUCGACGCAAGAGGAAGGAUGUAUGACAUUGGUGCCGGAAUUGAGUCUGAUGAGGCUUCGUCAUCGAAGCCUGGAAACAGGAGGAAAAAAGAGGCCAAGUUUGAAACACGUGAUCCCAAAACUGGACAGCUGUUGAGAUUCAAUGCAGAUGACGACCAAAUCAGUUUAGGCCAAAUGGUCAGACAAGAGAAACUUCAGGCGGGUGCCGCCGACCAAAAAGAUUUCGAUGUCGAAAUGGCUUCGAGGAUUAUGGGUGAUGCGAAAUUCGAAAAUGAUCUGGAUUACAUGGACGAUAAUGCCGACCGACUGGCAAGGAAGAAAAUGAAAACAGAUGCAUCGAAAAGAAUGUUCGCCAUCAAUGAUUAUGCACGGACGAGGAAAGCGUUGGAGAGUUGUGAGUUUUGUUUCAAGGACGACGGAUCACCCCCAUCGAAUUUAGGAAUAAUCUCGAGUGGCUCUAAGGUCUAUUUGAGUUGCACUCAAUUCGAAGAACUCGUCGAUGGUCAUUGUUGGAUUGUUCCUAUGCAGCAUUGUCUUUCCACCUUGGAGCUUGAUGAUGACGUUUGGGAUGAGAUCAAAAAUUACAUGAAAUGUUUAAUGAGGAUGUUUUCGGAAAAGCACGAUAAAGGGGUUGUCUUUUACGAGACCGUUAUAAGCUUUAAGCAUCAGCUUCAUACCUACAUUGAAGUAGUCCCAAUCCCAUGGGAUUUAUUUAAUGAUAUACCUGCUUAUUUCCGAGAAUCAAUCAAUUCGUGUGAAUCAGAAUGGUCUCAACACAGGAAGCUGAUCAACUUUAGUGACAGGCCGGGGGGCUUCCGAAGAUCGAUGGUUUCGAAACUACCCUACUUUAUGAUCCAGUGGGAUUACAAGGGCGAAAAGGGCUUCGGACAUGUCAUUGAAGGUAAUGAUGAACAAGGGGCUUCCAAAGGCAACACUGGAGCAGAGGAGGAUUACACAUCGAUUGUUGAUGAUGGCUUAAAAGGAAGUAAAUUUCCCAGAUACUUUGCCGCUGAAAUCAUCGGAAAUCUCUUGGAAUUAGAACCUCAUAAAUGGAGGAAACCCAAAAGGACCGGACAUCACCAACAUCGAAAUAAUCAUAACCAUAGCAGCAGCAGCAGCAGUAGCCAUAGUCACAGUCUGUCUGGUUUGAAUCGGACUCGAGUGGAUAAGUUUUUGAAUCAGUUGGGAUAUUCGAAGUUUGACUGGAUCGGUCUAUUGUAA